AUGACUAGUACAAUGUUGUCAAUCACAGCACCCAAGUACACCAAACCCGAUGGCUACGAGCGGACUGAGGUCGCCAAGCCGGCGAUCGCGCAGCCGACCGACGUCCUGAUCCGUGUGCACGCGGCGAGCAUCAACCCCAUCGACGUAAAAAAGGCAGAAGGAUUAAUGAAGUUGGCGGUCCACGACACGUUCCCGUACAAGCUGGGUUAUGAUGCCGCAGGUGUGGUGGAGGAGGUGGGCAGUGGUGUCACGUCCUUCGAGGCGGGUGAUGAGGUGUACGUGAACCUGCCAGAGACCAGCAGAGGUUCGUGGGCUGAGUUUGUCGUGUGCCCGGAGAGCUUCAUCGCCCGCAAGCCAAAGAACCUUUCCUUUAGCGAGGCCGCCUCGCUGCCGCUGGCUGCCAUGACGGCGCUUCAGGCCCUACGCGAGUACAAGGGUUCGCUCGAGGGCAAGACGGUCUUUAUUCCUGCCGGAUUAAGUGGUACCGGCGCAUACGGCCUGCAGAUUGCCAAGAACAUCUUCAAAGCGGGCAAGGUAAUUACCACCGUUUCGACGAGCAAGGUGCCCAAGGUGCCUGAGCUGCUUGGAGCCCACGUCGUUGAUCAGGUCAUUGACUACACCAAAGAGAACCCUACCAAGAAGAUCCCCGCCGGUUCCGUUGACUUCAUUUUUGACACCACCGGGCAGGCGACCGAGUUCAUGCCACUGCUGGUCAAGGGCAGCGGCCUGGUCGUGUCCGUCUCGACGGGGCCUUCGGGCGCGUCGCUGCAAAACUCGAGCUUCAUGGACACGCCCGACAAGCCGCGGCUGCCGAUUGCAGUCCGCAUGUUCCUCGACGCCACGGACCAGUUGCGGAAACUCAAGGCGCGCUACUACGGCGUCGAGUACAAGUACAUCUUCCUCGAGUCUAGCGGCAAACAUCUCGCCCUGCUGGGGGACGCAGCAGAGCAGGGCAAGCUGCGGCCCGUAGUGGGUUUGCGCGUGGACUUGGGGGAUAUUGACAAGGUGCGCGAGGCGUGCUGGCAAACGUACAAAGGCAAGGGCGGUCUGGGCAAGACGGUCUUUGAGGUGAAGCAGGGCAGCCAAUAG